CUACAUGUCAAAGAAUCAGAGAAGCAAAUAAUUGAGAGCUAUGAAGAUAAGGUUAAAGAUGAUGAAGUAAAAGAUUAUAAAGACAGAUCAAUUAAGAAUAAUGAUGAAAAGAAUGAUAAAGACAGAUUAAUUAAGAAUGAUGAUGAAAAGAAUGAUAAAAGCUAUUCAAUUAAGAUUAAGGCUUAA